UUGAUAGUCCAGGACAACCAAAAGGGCCACCAUUUUUUGCGGCUCGUCAAAGCAUAGCUUCGGCAAGCCCAAAUUCGUUUGCUACACUAUUUAGGCUUGGUCAUUUCGAACCAACAGGAUAA